AUGGGGGUCGUAGACCAAACGGUUCUGACGCUACAGACAGAGGUUGGCACAUCGGUGCUGAAUUGGUUAUCCGUUUCCUCAGGAGUGAGUCCUAUACAUAAUGGCCAGGUCUGCAGCACAUGGGGUAACUACCACUUCAAGACAUUUGACGGAGACAUCUUUCAGCUCCCCUCCACCUGCAACUAUGUUGUGACCUCACUGUGCCAUAGCAGUUAUGAGGAUUUCAACAUCCAGAUGAGGCGGCAGGUGGUGGACCACCAGCCCACCAUUAGCAGGAUCACCAUGAAGCUGGAUGGCGCAGUGGUGGAGCUAUCCAAGGGUUCCGUUGUUGUUAAUGGGAAGAAUGCCACCUUACCAUUCAGCCAGUCUGGUAUUCUCAUUGAAGAGACUCCCUCCCACAUCAAGAUCAAAGCAAAACUGGGAUUGGUAGCCAUAUGGAACCAGGAGGAUUCCUUCUUGGUGGAGAUGGACAUCAAAUUCAGAAACAAGACCUGUGGUCUAUGUGGAGAUUUUAAUGGAGUUCAACAAUUUGAUGAGUUCUAUAGCCAUGGUAUGAAAUUGUCCCCUGUCGACUUCGGAAACUUCUGGAAAUUGGAUGGUCCAACUGAAAGCUGUACUGAAAAUACACUACCUUCGAAUCAUAAAUGCCCCAAUCUGAAACCAAUUUGUGAGCAGUUGCUCUCCGGUCCUGCCUUCAGCAGCUGUAAGGACUUGUUGGCCAUCGACUCAUUUGUUGAGGCCUGUGUAUCUGACCUGUGCCACUGUGAUAACAGCACCAACUCCUUCUGCCUGUGCAACACCAUCUCAGAGUACUCCCGUCAGUGUGUUCACGCAGGGGGGAAGCCAAAACAAUGGAGGACUGAACAGUUCUGCUAUAAGACAUGCCCCUUCAACAUGGAGUACCAGGAGUGUGGAAACCCCUGUGUUGACACCUGCUCCAACCCUGAGAGAGGCCAGCUGUGUGAGGAACACUGCUCAGAUGGCUGCUUUUGUCCUCCAGGAACCGUUUUUGAUGACGUCAACAAGAAUGGUUGUAUCUCCUUGAGUCAAUGCUCCUGCCGCCACAAUGGAAAAACCUACGCACCCGGAGAGUCUUAUUCAAGCACUUGUAAAGAUUGCUCCUGUGCUGGUGGUCAGUGGAAGUGUGUGGACAAGGACUGUCCUGGCACCUGUGCUGUGGAGGGAGGAUCCCACAUCAACACCUAUGAUGGAAAAGCCUACACCUUCCAUGGGGACUGCUCUUAUGUUCUGACCAAGGACUGUGAUGGGAUGCAAUUCACUGUACUGGGUGAUCUGGUGCAGUGUGGGCUUUCUGACAGUGAGACUUGUCUAAAGGCUGUUACCCUGUCCCUCUCAGAAGGAGCCACUGUGAUCAACAUACAACCCAAUGGAAAAGCCUUUGUAAAUGGAAUCUAUUCUCAGCUGCCCUUUUCUGUUGCUGGAGUAACUAUUUUCAGAGCCUCCUCAUUUUUCAUCAUCGUCCAGACCACCUUUGGCCUCCAGUUGGAAAUCCAACUCUCACCAAUCAUGCAGGUCUAUAUUGCUGCAAGCACCGUUUGGCAGCAGAGAACUUGUGGUCUUUGUGGAAACUUCAACAACAACCAAGGAGAUGAUUUCAAGGUCCUGAGUGGAGUGACUGAGGGCACAGCCAUUGGUUUUGCAAACACCUGGAAAACACGAGCCAGCUGCCCAGACAUCAAGAGUAGCUUUGAAAGCCCCUGCAGCUUAAGUCUUGACAAUGAGAAGUAUGCCCAGCACUGGUGCUCUCAGCUGGCUGAUCCUAAAGGGUUGUUUGCUCCAUGCCACACAGCAAUAAGCCCAGACAUGUACAAAGACAACUGCAUGUAUGACAGCUGUAACUGUGAGAAGAGUGAGGACUGCAUGUGUGCUGCCGUCUCCUCUUAUGUCCACGCUUGUGCUGCCGAGGGUAUCCAGCUCAGCGGCUGGAGAGACACUAUCUGCAACAAAUACUCCACCUCGUGCCCUAGCACCAUGGUCUACAGCUACAGCAUAAAAAGCAGUGAUCGCUCCUGCCGUUGCUACAGCGACUCUGACUUUACCUGUUCAAUCACCUUCGAGUCUGUGGAUGGGUGUGUCUGUUCUGAGGGAACCUACCUGGAUGAUGAGGGCAAGUGUGUUGCACCAGCCAGCUGCCCUUGUUAUUACAAGGGCUCAGUGGUGUCCCCUGGAGAGGUCAUCAGCAAGGAUGGAACCAUGUGCACCUGCAAGGAGGGCAAACUCCAUUGUAUUGGAGAUUCACCUGAUCAUUCCACAGCAUGUGUUGCACCAAUGGUUUUCGUCAACUGCUCCAGUGCAAGCCCAGGAGUGAGAGGGUUAGAGUGUCAGAAGAGCUGCAAUAUUCUGGAUAUGGCCUGUAUCAGCACAGAGUGCAUUUCAGGCUGUAUGUGUCCCUCUGGACUGGUAUCCGAUGGAAAAGGAGGCUGCAUCAUGCCAGACCUUUGUCCUUGUUCUCACAAUGCAGCUACUUACCAACCAGGAGACAGAAUCAAGGUCGACUGCAAUACCUGCACUUGUAAAGACAGAAAAUGGCAGUGCACAACUAACCUGUGCCAUGGAACCUGUGCCAUUUAUGGAGAUGGACACUACAUUACUUUUGACGGGAAACGAUUCACUUUCGAAGGAGACUGUGAAUACACUCUUACAAAGGACUACUGUGGAAACAACAAUGCCAAUGGCAGCUUCAGAGUCAUCACUGAGAACAUCCCUUGUGGAACAACAGGCACCACCUGCUCCAAGGCCAUCAAGCUCUUCCUGGGGAACAAUGAAUUAAUCCUGACAGAAGGGAACUACCAAGUCGUUGAGAGAAAUACAGGGGAGGCGGUUCCUUACCAGAUUCGCACAAUGGGCAUCUACCUUGUGAUUGAAGCCAAUAAUGGUUUGAUUCUCAUGUGGGACAGGAAAACAAGCAUGUUCAUCAAACUUAACCCACAGUUCAAGGGACAUGUCUGUGGUCUGUGUGGAAACUAUGAUGGCAACGCAAACAAUGACUUCACUACCAGGAGCCAGGCAGUUGUUGUCAAUUCUCUCGACUUUGGAAACAGCUGGAAAGUCUCUGCAAGCUGCCCCGAUGCAAAGAGCAAAAGGAGCCCCUGUACUGCCAACCCUUACAGGCAGUCUUGGUCACAGAAGCAGUGCAGCAUCAUACAGAGCAAAGUUUUCGCAGACUGCCAUUCUAAAGUGGACCCCUCUUCUUUCUAUGAUGCUUGUGUGACAGACUCAUGUGCUUGCGACAGUGGUGGAGACUGUGAGUGUUUCUGUACCGCUGUGGCAGCUUAUGCAGAGGCCUGUAAUGAGGCUGGAGCCUGCAUAGCCUGGAGAAGCCCACAAAUCUGCCCACUGUUCUGUGAUUACUACAACACCCCUGGAGAAUGUGAGUGGCACUACAAGGCAUGUGGAGCUCAGUGUAUGAAGACCUGCAGGAAUCCUUCCGGGAGCUGCUCCACUCAGAUACCACCUCUUGAAGGUUGCUAUCCAAAAUGUCCUCCUGCUCAACCUUUCUUUGAUGAAGAUAUAAUGAAGUGUGUGGAGAAGGAGCAGUGUGGCUGCUAUGGCAGAGAUGGAAAACACUACAAUAAUGGAGAAAAAGUACCGACCACAGAAAACUGCCAGACAUGCUACCAUAUCAACAACAGUUCCUUGGGCCACUACUCCUACACCCACUACUACAAUCCUAACUUCGACAGCUCCAUCUACAACAAAAACAACAACUCUGCCUUCCACCACUACUACACCUCCAACCUCUACUCCUACAUCAACCUCAACAGGAGUAUACACUACCCCGUGCAGUGUUCCUUCUACCACUACUCCUACACCCACUACUACAAUCCUAACUUCGACAGCUCCAUCUACAACAAAAACAACAACUCUGCCUUCCACCACUACUACACCUCCAACCUCUACUCCUACAUCAACCUCAACAGGAGUAUACACUACCCCGUGCAGUGUUCCUUCUACCACUACUCCUACACCGACUUCUACAACGUUAACUUCGACAGCUCCAUCUACAUCUACAACAAAAACAACAACUCUGCCUUCCACCACUACUACACCUCCAACCUCUACUCCUACAUCAACCUCAACAGGAGUAUACACUACCCCGUGCAGUGUUCCUUCUACCACUACUCCUACACCCACUACUACAAUCCUAACUUCGACAGCUCCAUCUACAACAAAAACAACAACUCUGCCUUCCACCACUACUACACCUCCAACCUCUACUCCUACAUCAACCUCAACAGGAGUAUACACUACCCCGUGCAGUGUUCCUUCUACCACUACUCCUACACCCACUACUACAAUCCUAACUUCGACAGCUCCAUCUACAACAAAAACAACAACUCUGCCUUCCACCACUACUACACCUCCAACCUCUACUCCUACAUCAACCUCAACAGGAGUAUACACUACCCCGUGCAGUGUUCCUUCUACCACUACUCCUACACCCACUACUACAAUCCUAACUUCGACAGCUCCAUCUACAACAAAAACAACAACUCUGCCUUCCACCACUACUACACCUCCAACCUCUACUCCUACAUCAACCUCAACAGGAGUAUACACUACCCCGUGCAGUGUUCCUUCUACCACUACUCCUACACCCACUACUACAAUCCUAACUUCGACAGCUCCAUCUACAACAAAAACAACAACUCUGCCUUCCACCACUACUACACCUCCAACCUCUACUCCUACAUCAACCUCAACAGGAGUAUACACUACCCCGUGCAGUGCUCCAUCUACAUCUACAACAAAAACAACAACUCUGCCUUCCACCACUACUACACCUCCAACCUCUACUCCUACAUCAACCUCAACAGGAGUAUACACUACCCCGUGCAGUGUUCCUUCUACCACUACUCCUACACCCACUACUACAAUCCUAACUUCGACAGCUCCAUCUACAACAAAAACAACAACUCUGCCUUCCACCACUACUACACCUCCAACCUCUACUCCUACAUCAACCUCAACAGGAGUAUACACUACCCCGUGCAGUGUUCCUUCUACCACUACUCCUACACCCACUACUACAAUCCUAACUUCGACAGCUCCAUCUACAACAAAAACAACAACUCUGCCUUCCACCACUACUACACCUCCAACCUCUACUCCUACAUCAACCUCAACAGGAGUAUACACUACCCCGUGCAGUGUUCCUUCUACCACUACUCCUACACCGACUUCUACAACGUUAACUUCGACAGCUCCAUCUACAUCUACAACAAAAACAACAACUCUGCCUUCCACCACUACUACACCUCCAACCUCUACUCCUACAUCAACCUCAACAGGAGUAUACACUACCCCGUGCAGUGUUCCUUCUACCACUACUCCUACACCCACUACUACAAUCCUAACUUCGACAGCUCCAUCUACAACAAAAACAACAACUCUGCCUUCCACCACUACUACACCUCCAACCUCUACUCCUACAUCAACCUCAACAGGAGUAUACACUACCCCGUGCAGUGUUCCUUCUACCACUACUCCUACACCCACUACUACAAUCCUAACUUCGACAGCUCCAUCUACAACAAAAACAACAACUCUGCCUUCCACCACUACUACACCUCCAACCUCUACUCCUACAUCAACCUCAACAGGAGUAUACACUACCCCGUGCAGUGUUCCUUCUACCACUACUCCUACACCGACUUCUACAACGUUAACUUCGACAGCUCCAUCUACAUCUACAACAAAAACAACAACUCUGCCUUCCACCACUACUACACCUCCAACCUCUACUCCUACAUCAACCUCAACAGGAGUAUACACUACCCCGUGCAGUGCAGUUCCUUCUACCACUACUCCUACACCCACUACUACAAUCCUAACUUCGACAGCUCCAUCUACAACAAAAACAACAACUCUGCCUUCCACCACUACUACACCUCCAACCUCUACUCCUACAUCAACCUCAACAGGAGUAUACACUACCCCGUGCAGUGUUCCUUCUACCACUACUCCUACACCCACUACUACAAUCCUAACUUCGACAGCUCCAUCUACAUCUACAACAAAAACAACAACUCUGCCUUCCACCACUACUACACCUCCAACCUCUACUCCUACAUCAACCUCAACAGGAGUAUACACUACCCCGUGCAGUGUUCCUUCUACCACUACUCCUACACUGACUUCUACAACGUUAACUUCGACAGCUCCAUCUACAUCUACAACAAAAACAACAACUCUGCCUUCCACCACUACUACACCUCCAACCUCUACUCCUACAUCAACCUCAACAGGAGUAUACACUACCCCGUGCAGUGUUCCUUCUACCACUACUCCUACACCCACUACUACAAUCCUAACUUCGACAGCUCCAUCUACAACAAAAACAACAACUCUGCCUUCCACCACUACUACACCUCCAACCUCUACUCCUACAUCAACCUCAACAGGAGUAUACACUACCCCGUGCAGUGUUCCUUCUACCACUACUCCUACACCCACUACUACAAUCUUAACUUCGACAGCUCCAUCUACAUCUACAACAAAAACAACAACUCUGCCUUCCACCACUACUACACCUCCAACCUCUACUCCUACAUCAACCUCAACAGGAGUAUACACUACCCCGUGCAGUGUUCCUUCUACCACUACUCCUACACCCACUACUACAAUCUUAACUUCGACAGCUCCAUCUACAUCUACAACAAAAACAACAACUCUGCCUUCCACCACUACUACACCUCCAACCUCUACUCCUACAUCAACCUCAACAGGAGUAUACACUACCCCGUGCAGUGUUCCUUCUACCACUACUCCUACACCCACUACUACAAUCUUAACUUCGACAGCUCCAUAUACAUCUACAACAAAAACAACAACUCUGCCUUCCACCACUACUACACCUCCAACCUCUACUCCUACAUCAACCUCAACAGGAGUAUACACUACCCCGUGCAGUGUUCCUUCUACCACUACUCCUACACUGACUUCUACAACGUUAACUUCGACAGCUCCAUCUACAUCUACAACAAAAACAACAACUCUGCCUUCCACCACUACUACACCUCCAACCUCUACUCCUACAUCAACCUCAACAGGAGUAUACACUACCCCGUGCAGUGUUCCUUCUACCACUACUCCUACACCCACUACUACAAUCUUAACUUCGACAGCUCCAUCUACAUCUACAACAAAAACAACAACUCUGCCUUCCACCACUACUACACCUCCAACCUCUACUCCUACAUCAACCUCAACAGGAGUAUACACUACCCCAUUUAUGUAAACCAGCAACGCAUCAUCCCAGCAUAUGAGACCAAGGACUUCCGCAUCACAGACAAUGGAAUUGAGACCCUUUUAGUCAUACCAGCAAUUAAUGCCAAGGUGUCUUUCACUGGUCUUAUGUUUAGCAUAUACCUGCCCUGGGACAAGUUCAGUGGCAACACUGAGGGACAGUGUGGUAUUCCAAUAACUAAGCCAUGCAACGUGACAAAGGGCAAAGUGUACCUGGACAGCAAUGGCUGCAAGUCUGCAAACGAGGUGGACGUGACAACAUGCGGUGGAUCCUGUGGCACCUAUGCCAUGUAUUCUCGUGAGGCCAACAUGAUGGAGCGCUCUUGUACCUGCUGUCGGGAAGUAUCCACCACCAAGAAGGAAGUGGAGAUGAUCUGCCCAGACGGGUCAAAGUUCAACCACUCCUACAUCCACAUCAAUAAAUGUGGCUGCCAGAGGACAGAGUGCGUGACCCCAGAGGCGACCCAGGACCUGUUCACUACCCACCGGAUCACCAUGGGGACAACCAAGGAUACACCGAUAUGGAGGCUGAUAUGCCUGGCACUACUGAUCAAAUCAACACAAACAGGAGUGAAUGCCUCACACAAUGACCAGGUCUGCAGCACAUGGGGUAACUACCAUUUCAAGACCUUCGACGGGGAUUUUUUUCAGCUCCCCUCCACCUGCAACCAUGUUGUGACCUCACUGUGUAAGAGCAGCUAUGAGGCUUUCAACAUACAGAUGAGGCGGCAGGUGGUGAACAACCAGCCCACCAUUAGCAAGAUCACCAUGAAGCUGGAUGGUGUAGUGGUGGAGCUAUCCAAGGGUGUUGUUGUGGUCAAUGGGCAGACGGUGACCCUGCCGUUCAGCUUGUCUGGAGUCAGCAUCGUGAAGACUACAUCCAAUGUGAAGGUCGUAGCCAAACUGGGGCUGGUUGCUGUUUGGAACAAGGAUGACUCCCUAAUGAUUGAAAUGAACGAGAAGUACAGAAACCAGACCUGCGGACUGUGUGGUGACUUCAAUGAAGUCCAAACAUACAACGAGUUCAUCAUCAAUGGUGGGAAACUCUCUAGCUCUGACUAUGGAAACCUCUGGAAACUGGAUGGCCCUCUGGAAGUCUGUGAGGAGCCUAUGCUAACUUCUGUGGAGAGUUGUGGAGAUGAGGAAUUUUGUCAGCAGCUACUCUCCAGUGCAGCUUUCAGUAGCUGCGCUAAUUAUUUGGACAUGGACUCCUUCAUCAAGACCUGCCUUGCAGACCUGUGCCACUGUGAUAACAGCACCAACUCCUUCUGCCUGUGCAACACCAUCUCAGAGUACUCCCGUCAGUGUGUUCACGCAGGGGGGAAGCCCCAGCAAUGGAGGACUGAACAGUUCUGCUAUAAGACAUGCCCCUACAACAUGGAGUACCAGGAGUGUGGAAGCCCCUGUGUUGACACCUGCUCCAACCCAGAGGCCAGCCAGUUGUGUGAAGACCACUGUACAGACGGCUGCUUCUGUCCUCUAGACAAGGACUGUCCUGGGACCUGCUCUGUGGAGGGAGGAUCCCACAUCAACACCUAUGAUGGGAAAGCCUACACCUUCCAUGGGGACUGCUCUUACAUUCUGACCAAGCAAUGCAAUGGAACUGAAUUCACCGUGCUGGGAGACAUUGUGAAGUGUGGGUUGACUGACACUCAGACCUGUAUGAGGGCUGUUACCCUAGCCCUCUCCAGCAGAUCCACCAACUGCAUGUAUGACAGCUGUAACUGUGAGAAGAGUGAGGACUGCAUGUGUGCUGCCGUCUCCUCUUAUGUCCACGCUUGUGCUGCCGAGGGUAUCCAGCUCAGUGGCUGGAGAGACACUAUCUGCAAUAAAUUCGCCACCUGUCCCAGUCAAACAGUUUAUACCUACAACAUGACCAGCUGUGGACGCACCUGCCGCUCACUGAGCAUGACAGACCAAUCUUGCCAGGUGAAGUUUGUUCUGGUGGACGGCUGUGGCUGUGCAGAGGGCACCUACAUGGACGAGGCUGCCAAGUGUGUUGCCCCCACCAACUGUCCCUGCUAUGACAAGGGCUCGGUGGUCCCUGCAGGAGAGACUAUCAGCAGAGACGGUGCCACCUGGUAA